AUGCGCCUCUCCAUCACCGCCAUUUCUCUUCUCGCCGCCGUCGGCUCCGCUGCGCCGCUCGACAAGCGCCAGUCAAGCCAGCAGGGCGGCAGCAUUCUGGACGGUAUCACCAGCCUGUUCGGAAAUCUGGGCGGCCACACUCCCGGCAACGGCGGCAACUAUCCCACAAACUCGGGCGGCACAGGCGGCUUCUUGGCUGAUUUGCAGGUUCCCGCGGACCACAUCAAGUACACCAUUACCCCGUCUAGCGCCGAGGAGGCGAUUCCCGCUGCGCAAAACAGCCAGAUGAGAGAGGGACACCGCAUUGCGCACGUUGCCAUCUACAAGGGCCUUGGUGGCAACUAG